AAUACACACUCUGUGCCUUUGAUACUCGAUGUUGAUGUACUACCACAAUUUACUAUCACCUACCUGCAACCACCACGUGACGGCGUUCCUAGCGAGUCGCAUCGCUCUCAACUCACCUGCUCCGGUAUCGCAAUUACUCUUCUACUAUAAAUACAACAGAUCAUCUCACCAUGUUCACGUCAAUGUUGGUCGUCGGAAUUUCGAGAAGAUGGAGCUCGAAGAAGCAGCAGCCAACCUCCGUUCUCGCUUCAUUCAAGUUCUUCGUAGUCGCCGUUCUCCUGAAGUUCCACUUCAGACACUACCUGCAAAGCCAGUGGUGGAACCCUUAUAUCAGGGAACACCACCAUCACAACCUAGUGAGGCAAUGGAAUCAUGCCCAAAAGCACACAUUCAUAACUUCAAGGAACUGCUUAAUGAAGAAAACUUGUACCUAACCACUGAGGAAGGAGAGCAAGGGCGAUUGCCUGUGCUCAUUUUGAGCAUGAAAGAAAACACACAUUCAAAAAGACCAGCUGUUGUUUUUCUGCAUAGCACAAAUAAAUGCAAAGAGUGGCUACGCCCUUUACUUGAGGGUUAUGCUUCACGUGGAUAUAUUGCAGUUGCUAUUGAUUCUCGUUACCAUGGAGAACGUGCCAAAAACCAUACUACAUAUGAAGAUGCUCUUGUUUCAUCAUGGAAAAAAGGUGACACAAUGCCAUUCAUAUAUGACACGGUGUGGGACCUUUUAAAGUUGGCAGAUUAUCUAACAAAAAGAGAUGAUAUAAACCAUUCCAAGAUAGGAAUCACAGGGGAAUCACUAGGAGGAAUGCAUGCAUGGUUUGCUGCUUUUGCUGACACACGUUAUUCAGUGGGAUUUCAGUGGGCCAUAGAUAACAAUCAAUGGCAUGCUCGAGUUGAUAGUAUUAAGUCUGUGUUUGAAGAGGCAAGGAUUGAUUUAGGGAAAGGUACCAUUGACAAAGAAGUUGUGGAAAAGGUUUGGAACAGAAUAGCUCCUGGUUUAGCAUCUGAGUUUGACUCGAUUCAUACAGUCCCACUCAUUGCACCACGCCCUUUGUUGCUUUUAAACGGUGAAAAGGAUCCCCGUUGCCCAAUGGAAGGUCUUGAUGUUACCAUAUCAACAACACAAAAGGCUUUCGAAGACGCCCAAUCUUUGAAACAUUUCAAGGUGAUAACCGAAGUAGGAAUUGGACAUCAAAUGACGUCAUCAAUGGUUAAAGAAACUAGUGAUUGGUUUGAUAAGUUUCUUCAACCCUAGAAAUUUCUCAUGCAUAGCUAUGUAUUUAUAUGUAUCAUUACCCUUUGGCCCUGUUUUAUGUUUUUAUGUUUUAUGUUUUUAUGUACGAUAGAUAUUCUUGUAUUGCAUUUGAUGUGUUAAUGGAACAAAUUUUUUAAAAAGUGGAACA